CUAGUAAUCGUAAACCUCAGGUUUCAUCGACAGCUAAGCUAUAGUGGUGACUAGAAACAACUAACAGAGGCGCUCCUUCAUACAGAGCUUCAACAAUGGCGCCGAAGAACCAGCACGACGGAACCCUAAAAAAGAGGAAGCGAAACACCACUGAACCACCUCACAAAUCUCCGUCCAAAUCCAAGGCACCCACCAAGUUCGCCGCCUCAAAGAAGCACAAACCUAACUCAGCUGGUAAAGAGAAGAAUGAAAAGCCCACGGUUCCCGUCACUGGCCGAGAACGUCGAAUCCAAUCCAAGGAACUUGCAGAGGCUAGAAAGAAGAAGAGAAAGCGGCAUUACACUCUUGAACAAGAACUUGCGCGUCUAUGGGAAAAGAUGAGACGUCACGAGAUUGCUAAAGAGGAUAGAGCUAAGUUGGUGACAGAAGCUUUGCAAAAGAUGAAGGGGAAGAUUCCUGAGAUUGCGGGGUCUCAUGUUUCUUCCCGUGUCCUUCAGACAUGUGUCAAGCAUUGUUCACAAGCUGAAAGAGAUGCGGUGUUUGAGGAGCUUCAGCCACAUUUUCUGAAUCUAGCAUAUAAUGCAUAUUCUGUUCACUUAGUAAAGAAGAUGCUUGACAAUGCCUCCAAGAAGCAACUAGCUGGCUUUAUCUCCAGUCUUCGUGGUCAUGUUGCUCCUCUUCUUCGCCACAUGGUUGGAUCAGUUGUUGUGGAGCAUGCUUACGAGCUGGCAAAUGCUGCACAAAAACAACAGCUGCUUUCGGAAUUGUACUCCACUGAGCUUCAGCUGUUUAAGGACCUAGUCUCAUCGAAGGAGAGCAGGUUGCUAGAUAUAAUGUCCAAGUUGGAUCUACAAAAAGGUUCAGUUUUGCGCCAUAUGGCAUCAGUGAUUCAGCCAAUCUUAGAGAAAGGGAUUGUUGACCACUCUAUCUUACACAGACUCUUGCUGGAAUACUUUACCAUUGCUGGCAAGACCUCUGUCGCAGAGAUAAUCCAACAGCUAUCAAGUCCUCUCCUUGUUCGAAUGAUUGGCACAAAGGAUGGAGCCAAAAUUGGAGUUCUGUGUGUAAAAUAUGGGAGUGCCAAGGAAAGAAAGAAGAUUAUCAAAGGAUUGAAAGAACACAUAGGCAAAACAGCUUACCAUCAAUAUGGGUGUAUGGUGCUGGUUUGCAUCCUUUCUGUUGUUGAUGACACAAAACUGAUAACAAAGGUUAUCAUUCGUGAGCUUCAAUCAAUACUAAAGGAGCUUGUUUUGGAUAAGAAUGGAAGACGUCCCUUACUCCAAUUACUACAUCCUAAUUGUUCACGCUAUUUCAGUCCUGAGGAUCUUGCUUCUCUGAAUUCUUCUAUACCUUCUCUGUCUCUCAAGGAUCAGUCAGAAACAAGCUCUCAGACAGAAACUUCAAAGGCUUCACUUGAUGACAAUGAAUCCAACGAAGACAAAGAAGUGACAGUGGAUGAAGUUAAUAAAGAUAAAACAUCUGUGGAUGAUUCUGACCUAGCAGAGAGUGGGAAAAAAGACCCAUUAGUUAGAAGGCAAGAGCUUUUGAUCAAUAGUGGACUUGCAGAGAGUCUUCUUGAUGUAUGUACUGAGAGUGUGGGAGAACUGAUACGGUCAAAUUUUGGCAAAGAGGUCUUAUAUGAGGUUGCAACAGGGGGUUCCGGUGGCAUACUACACCCAACUUUGGACGAUAAGAUUAAUUCUCUUCACAAAGCAAUAGCAUCUCUUGCAGCAUUGCCAAAAUCAGAAGAUUCAGAAGAGGAGCAUGUCCUUGAAAAUUUCCAUUCAAAUCGGACCAUUAGAAAACUAAUUUUGGAUUGCCCCAGCUUUGCUUCCACAUUAUGGGAGGAAGCUUUAAAAGGGAAAUGUGAGUCAUGGGCGCAUGGUCACAGCUGUAAGGUUAUUUCUGCAUUUUUGGAAUCACCAGAUUCUGAGGUACAGAAACUUGCAAAAAAAGAGCUGCAGCCAUUAAUUGAUAAUGGAAUUCUGAAGAACCUGAAACCCACGGAACAAGCAACCCAAUAAUUUCCUUGCAUGGAGAAAAGAACUACAACUCAAUAGGACAGUGUCGGCGCACAACAUCAGUAGCUAAUACACCGUUUAAGUUAUGGGUUUCUUUCUGAUUUGAUUGCAUAAACUAAAUUUUAAUUAAAAAGCUUCUGCUGUUGUAACCCUGAUAAUCAAAAGAAACAGCGCAAGUGCAUUAACAUUACUUGAAGUAAUGACCUGUUUUUGCUCA